GCUAGACUCGAGGUAGGUAUGUAGGGAGCCUAAGCAGUCUGGUUCUGCUCACCUCGUAGUACUCAGCCUUUAAUACCCGCAGGGGGAACAGGAAUCGAACAGGUCCUCGCGAUGCCUGAUGUAUGCCUAUUACGGUGCGUACCUUGUUGAACAUAGUUUUGUCUGUAACCUCUAACGGCGCACCUGCCUGGCCCAUGAAUUUGGCAUGGCGCAGCCUCUACCCACCCGGUCGCCCCAGAGGUAAGCAGAUGAAUAUAUUGUGCGGGUCGUUCUGUUGGUUAUUUUGGGCUGCGCCAUCAGGGUCCGCCUCAAUGUUGGGAGCGUCCUGUGCUGGGGCGGCAGUAUCAUAUGCCACGACAGCAGGACCUGCAUCUGGAUUACUUCCCGUAUCGACUCCAGGCUCCUGCUCUACGACAGCGGGUGUGUGUCUUGCUGCCUCUGGUUCUUUUGCGACGGGCUCGAGGCUCUGCCCAGGUGCAUCGAGGUUCUGUCCUCCCUCUUCAGGGCUUACAACCUUGUCGGACCAGGGUGAGUUGGUGGUGCGAAUGUCCAGUACAGAUCCAGGAGUCUGCUGGUGAGUUUGCGCAUCGGGCCUCUCCUUCACAUCCGAGUUCGGUACCACCAUGGCCUUUGGACCUAGCAGCACCAGUUGCUCUUCAUGAGUGCGGGGUGGGGGUGGGGUAUAGAGACCAGAACUUCUUGGAAUUGACCGUAGAGGAUAUAAUGGCCCAUCGUCGUUUUCAUCUUCGCUUUCAAGUAAAUCAGGCGAAACCACGGCCUUUGGCCGGGCUAGCUUCUGCUGCUCUACAGGUUGCUCUUCGAGGCCUUUUUCCGUCGCAUCUGGGAUGGACAGAGCCACGCUCUUCGGUUAUUGUAUCGCCGGCUGCUUUCCGGCACCUUUGCCUGGUGGACUAGUUAUAAUAAGCUCUGCUAGGCUUUCCCGAAGGGUCUCCCAGGCUUUGCUGUGACGUAUGAAUUCUUCCACGUUUUCAAGACUGGACAAUUCCUCCUCUUGUUGCUCGGCAGUGGGUUCCUUGUCCGGCUCGACGUCGUCUUCCUCAGCCAUUUCAGGUACGAACAACCCUUGGAGUAUAUUACUGCCUGCUGCUAAAGACUU